AGACGAUUGUUAACGUCUUCAAUGGUCUUUCCACAACAUGCUGGAUUUCUGUUGCAGUGGGAAAUUGUGAUUUAUUGUAGUGGCUCUCGUGCUUGACAGAAUAUUGCCUGCAGAGUACGGGUUGUCAAGGGAAAGAACAAAAAUUCGUAUUCGUUCUGUAUGUGUUUUAUCCGAAGUUAUUUUGUAGUUAAAGAAUUAUGAGAUUGCUAGAUUAAAAAGAAGGAAAAUGGCAUCAGCAUUAGAACAGUUCGUAAACAAUGUUCGCACAUUGUCGGCCCAAGGUAAUUUUCGAGAGUUAUGUGAUCUGUUAAAUAAAUCAACAGAAGUGCUAAUGAAGAAUGGCCAACAUCUGGACAAUGUUCUAGAAACACUGGAUUUACAGCAGCAUUCACUAGGAGUUCUUGCAGUUCUUUGUGUUAAGUUCUCUCUUCCUGUCCCAUCAGCAACGCCAGACCACCAUGAACUUCUCUUUGCCCAAGUCCAAGAAUUCAUAACUGGAUGCAAUGGAGAGCAAGUACGCUUUGCGCCAGACACCUAUGCCGAAUUAUGCCAUCUGUUGACCCACAGCUUGGCUGAAUUGAAGGUGCCACUAAGAGGCAUUGACUUGAUAGGACGAGCAAUCCAUAAGAUUCAGCUGUUCGAUUCACAGCUCACCUCAGUACAUGCAGAUCUGUGCCAGCUUUGUCUCCUUGCAAAAUGUUUCAAGCCAGCACUAGUGUUCCUAAACACAGACAUCACUAGUAUAAGUCAAGAGGGUGGGCAGUUUGACACCAAAUACUUCCUCUUGUAUUACUAUUAUGGAGGGAUGAUCUAUGCUGCAUUGAAGAACUAUGAUAGAGCCCUUUACUUCUUUGAGGUUGCGAUCACAACUCCUGCCUUGGCUGUGUCCCACAUUAUGUUGGAAGCAUACAAGAAGUAUAUUCUUGUGUCUCUGAUUCUUCAUGGCAAGAUCCAGAGCAUUCCAAAGUACACAUCACAAGUAGUUGGUCGAUUUAUCAAACCAUUAAGUCAGCCAUAUCAUGAACUAGCAACAGUAUACUGUAGUAAUAAUCCAGAUGAACUGCGCACUGUGAUCAACAAAUGCCAUGAUACAUUCAUGAGGGAGAACAACAUGGGUCUAGUAAAGCAAGUUUUGGCAUCUCUUUACAAGAAGAACAUACAGCGCCUGACCAAAACGUUCCUAACCCUGUCAUUGUCUGAUGUUGCUAGUAGAGUGCAGCUUUCUGGACCUUCGGAUGCUGAGAAAUAUAUUCUCAACAUGAUUGAAGAUGGUGAAAUUUUUGCAACAAUUAACCAGAAGGACGGUAUGGUAAUAUUUCAUGAUGAUCCUGAGAAAUACAAUAGCCCUGCCAUGUUGCGGCGGUUGGAAGAGGAGAUGGCCGUUUGCACAGACCUUGAUCGUAAAAUGCAGUCAAUGGAAGAAGACAUCAUGGUGAAUCCUCAGUAUGUGAAGAAAUCUUGUGGUGCACCAGAUGAUGACCUGCCUCCGGCACCAUCACAGGGCUCCAAAAUCACCACCUAUUCAAUGUGAAGCCUAGAAACUGGAUUCAAGCAUUUUUUUCUGGUAAAAUUUAAAACCUAAAUAAGUGAAUUUUAUGUUCUGCAAUACUAUGCUUAUGUUAGAGGUAAAUGGAAUCAACUUUUGUUUUGUGGUCAGUUUGACUGGAUUAUAUUAAAGUUGGCCAUUAGAAAUCCUUUGUUUCAAAAUUAAUAUACACCUGGUGGUUGUCUAAAACAUUGUGUAUGAUAGAAGUGAUAGAUGCUGCUGUUCAGUUGGGAAAACCUGAUAUGGUAAAUGCAGUUGAUACUUGUUAGAAACAGAUUUGUGUAACAUGGGUUCAACUAAACAGUCUAUUACCCCUUGCAGUCAUGUAAUGACCGCUUAUACAUCUUGUUGACACUGGACUGUCUGAAUGUGUAGCGUCAAAUAGGAUAGCAGCAUCAAGCAUUUUAAUUUGAGUUUACUACAGUUUCUCUGACCCAGUCUUGUCCAGCUACUCUCCAUAUCAUAUUACUUGUCACUUUAAGGCUGGUCCACAGAAAUCAAUCUCCUGGCAUUGUAUCUCCUUGUAUUUGUCUGUAUGUAGCUUUAUUCUUCUCCUUCCAUUAACUACAGUUGCUUGUUGUGACAGAUGUCUGUUUAGCAAAGACACCAACAUAUCUGCCUGAUUUUAAGAACGUUAAUAUAUGUUUAUGACUUUUCCCAGUUGUAUGGGUAAGUCUGAUGACAAAAUGGAACUGAAGGCUGUUCUUUGCUGAGUUACCAAUCUACUGUAAUGGGUAAUUGCUAGGACAAGGGACUAGUGUUCAUGUGAAGAUCACAUUUGUAAGUUUGAAUCCCGUUGUGCAGUUAUAUAUAAUUCAACAGGCUAAUUUUUCAAAAGUCCCAUAUGGAACAAAUCAAGAGCACAUUGAUUGAUAAAUUAGUCUUUAGAAGCUUAAUCCUUUCAUUCCUUAUAUGGUAGAAGCUAUCCCACUACGCAUCAUAUUGGCGUGAUCAAGGGGGAGGGGGUAUAUCUCCUACUCAUUCUCAACCGUAGCACUAGAAGGGGGUGAGUGAUCAGCAGCACAUCCAAACCAUGCUUUACCUCUGGGAAAGGACCCCAGUACCCAUUGGACAGGAGGCUGGGAGGGCCCCAGAGCUGGUCUGGACACAGAGGGUAGAAGAAAAUCCUCUGCCCCUGUUGGUCGGGUAUUGAACCCCUAACAUCCAGCCCUUAAUCAGUCACUGUACUGACUAAGCUACCCAGCUCCUUCCUCACAUUGUAAUGAUAACCAAACUCUCUUGUAAUGUAAUCAAAAUUCCAACACUGAUACUAUUAAAGCCUUAAAUUAAACAUGAUCUUGAGCUAGUUCCAUUCACUUCCUAUCCUUACAAUCCAUGUUUUUAUGCUCCUAGUCUUCUAAGAGGUUCUCCAAUCAGAAAUUCUGGAAACAUUUCAUGUCUUCCCCAUCUGAGCUAUUCAGUGCUUUGGUUGCAACAUAACUCCAAGCCUGGAUGACUGAUAGAAAUACAUGGGAAGGAGGGGAAGACCACAACAUGAAAGCACAUAUGGAGAUAUAACGCAUUCCUUCUUUGUAUUUUAUCGGAUAUAAAAUAAUUAUAUUUCAGCUGUAUAAGUAGCAUGUACGGGUUAAGGUGUGUGCUGUGGUUCCUUUGGUUCACAAAAUACCGGGUAUGGUGUCUGAAGGCAAGGAAAUUAAAAAUUAGAUUAGGCUGAAACUUUAUUAAUAUUAUGCUUAUACAAAGCAGACAAUUACAAUGUCACAGUUUUAAAAAAUGGAAAUUCUGCAAUUGAUACUUGUUGUUUGAAACAAUAGUAGAGUCCUCUAAGUAUAUAAUCUAGGCAGAUUUAUGAGUGUGUAUGUAGGCAUACUAAUUUUUAUAAUAAAAAUUCAUAAAAGUAAUCUGAGAAGGAAGAAACUUGUGGUGGAAUAGCAAACUCCCCUUCAUAUUGCAAGGUCUUCAGUGGACUCUACUCUUAAUGACAGUAGCCACAUAUUUUGUAUUUUUCUUUAUACAUUGUAGACAGAGAAGAAUGAGUAUUUGUGCAUGGAAUGUCUUAUCUUUGGAUUUUUUCUUUAUAAUGAUACAUGCUGUAUUAUUUCUUCUGGUCAUCAGGUGCUCUUUGCAUAUUAUGAUUCUAUUAACAAAUAAAUUUAACUUUGCAAA